GUACGUCCCUUCUCAGGCUGAUAUAGCAGUCUUUGAAGCAAUCGCUGCCCCACCUCCUGCAGACUUGUUUCAUGCUCUUCGGUGGUACAAUCAUAUUAAGUCGUACGAAAAGCAAAAGGCAAGCUUGCCAGGAGUAAAGAAGGCUUUGGGGAAAUAUGGUCCUGCUGAUGUUGAGGACACAACAGGUGCAGCCACAGAUAGCAAAGAUGACGAUGACAUUGAUCUUUUUGGAUCUGAUGAUGAGGAGGAAAGUGAAGAAGCUAAGAAACUGAGGGAAGAACGUCUGGCCCAGUAUGAAUCAAAGAAGUCCAAAAAACCAGCUGUUGUUGCCAAAUCGUCGAUCUUGCUUGAUGUGAAACCUUGGGAUGAUGAGACAGACAUGGCCAAACUAGAGGAGUGUGUUCGAAGCAUUCAAGUAGAUGGCUUGGUCUGGGGAUCUUCCAAGCUAGUACCAGUUGGCUAUGGUAUCAAAAAGCUUCAGAUCCAGUGUGUUGUUGAAGAUGAUAAAGUUGGAACGGAUAUGCUGGAAGAGAGAAUAACAGCUUUUGAAGAUUAUGUACAAUCAAUGGAUGUAGCUGCUUUCAAUAAGAUUUAAGUCUUGAUAUAUCUAGAAUAAAUGCAAUUGCAAAAA